AUGAGACCUAGGAGUGCUGCAGGGUCUUGGAAGUCAGAUUUUGAUGUACCUAUUCUAUCAGAAAGUAUGAUGCUUCUGAUAACAGAAGACUCACCAUACAGAGCAGAAUAUCUGAGGAUGUUAAGUAGACAAGCAGAAACCAAAGAAGGGCUUGAAAAUGUGUCACCCAUGAAGCAUGAUGCAGAAGAAUCAAGCACACCAAGAAUGGAGCAGCAGGAUGAAUCUGAUCCUCAUCCAGCUGAUGAAGAUGUGCAUAUGAGUCUUGCAGCAGAAGAGCAUCAUGCUGAAGGCUCACAUAUGGGAGAAACAGGUGCAGAAAAAUCUAAACUCAAUAUAUUUUAUAAUUCUGAGAGUCAUUCUGAUGAACCAAUUCAAGGAAAAUAUGAAAUUUUACAUAUAAGCACUGUUUCUACAAAACAAAAUGUGAGUGAAACAAAAGACCCAUUUUUUGAAUCAGAUUCUGCGGAGGAAAAUGUGGUGGCAAUAGGUGGAGAUCAGUCUACUGAUCAAGCAAACCUGGAUGAGAAAAAUACGAGACAUCAAACUAUGUCCCCUAAACAACUUCAUAAGGAACUUGAAGACAUAUUUGCUACUGAGAAAACAGCCACGGAGGAAAAACUUGAUCUGAUACUGAAAGAAAUCAGAAAUCAAAAAUCAGAAAUCAAGGUUUUAUCAGAAACCGUCAAAACUGUGCAGAAACAAACAGAAGAAAAUAAUGCAGCUCUCAAAACAAUUCAAAAGUCUGUAGAAAACAAAGAGAGCUCAUUAGAAAUUGAGAAAGCUCUUAAAGAACUGCGUGAUAUCAAUAAAAAGAUGACUGAGGUUGCAACUACAGGAGAAAGUUCAAGUUCAGGAAAGAUUCUUGAAGAAAUACAUUUUCUCAGAGCCAACAACAGCAACAUGACUGAGGCUUUUGAGAAACUAUUAAUGGAAUUGACCGCACAAAGAAAUAAGGAAAGUCAGGAGUUUCAGAAAAUGAAGAAGCAAGAAGAAACAAAUACCCAAGCUCUUACUAACAUCCACUUGUUAGUAAAAAGAUUGCAGUACAAUGUUGCCACACUAGCAAAAGUUGAUCUUCAUAAACUGAAAGCUCCAAUUCCACAAGAAAGACAAGCAACAGGAUCAGAAACUCUUCAACAUCAACAAGAAGCCAUUCAACAAGAACAAACCAAGCAAACAAAAACUUCAACAACUCAAAAACAGAAGCAGACCAUGGGUCCACCUCCAGAUAAACAAAAGUUACCCAUGGGUCCUCCACCAAAUGUCCCAAAGUCAGACACUUCAAAGAUUCAACUGAAAGAACAUAUUCCAGUUCAACCAUCUUCUACAACCAUCACUGGAGAAACAUAA